CGCCGAGCUCCGGGAUCCCGACUCCGCCGGCGGGGCCUCAGCUGCCCUCUGGCGGCGGGAGCGGGCAGCGCCCACCUCCCGCUGACACCGCCUCCCGGGACGCCAGAGGGCUGGGCCGGCCCCGUUCUCAGAGGUGGUGAGAAGGUGCGCAAGGACCCGGGCGCGGUGCCUGGCACCUGGCACACACCUGCCGUCAUGCUGCCCAUUGUUCUUAUUCUCCGAGGAAAGUGCGUUCCAAAGAAAGUAUGCGCGUGUGAGUCCUGCGGUGGGGAAGGGGUGGAGGGAGGGACGGGGUCCUUGCAUGUGGUCGGAAGCCCAGCCAGAACUGGGUCCCCGACGCCCUUGCGGCCGCUGAAGCAGCGGAGAAGCGCAGGGUCCGCGCGCCCGCAAGUAGGAGGCAGACCCUUGGCUGCCCUUCCCAAGUCCCGCCAGCGGGAGAGGGCAGCGGCCAGCGGAGGUGGACGGAGGGCGCAGUGGGGCCCGCGGGCGUGCGCACGGUGACGCGCAAGGCGGGGCGGGGCGGGGCGGCCACGCUGGCUGCAUAUAAGGGCGGCGCUGGACGCGCAGAACCAGAGCUUUUGUCCGAGAUCCAGAGCCCCGCUGAGCCCAAGCCCGAGCCGGUCGAGCCGAGCUCUGCCCUGCGCCCCAACCACCGUCUGCUCGUCUCACGGCCCCGUGCCCGGCCCCCUCGGUCCCUCUGCUCAAUGAAACUGUCCGCGAUGAUCAAGAAGAUGUGCCCGAGCGACUCGGAGCUGAGGAUCCCGGCCAAGAACUGCUACCGCAUGGUGGUCCUCGGCUCGUCCAAGGUGGGCAAGACGGCCAUCGUGUCGCGCUUCCUGACGGGCCGCUUCGAGGACGCCUACACGCCCACCAUCGAGGACUUCCACCGCAAGUUCUACUGCAUCCGCGGCGAGAUCUACCAACUGGACAUCCUCGACACGUCCGGCAACCACCCGUUCCCCGCCAUGCGGCGCCUCUCCAUUCUUACCGGAGACGUGUUCAUCCUGGUGUUCAGCCUGGACAACCGCGACUCCUUCGAGGAGGUCCGGAGGCUCAAGCGGCAGAUUCUCGACACCAAGUCGUGCCUCAAAAACAAGACCAAGGAGGACGUGGACGUGCCCCUGGUCAUCUGUGGCAACAAGGGGGACCGCGACUUCCACCGCCAGGUCGAGCCACACGAGAUCCAUCAGCUGGUGGGCGCCGACCCCCGGCGCUGCGCCUACUUCGAGAUCUCGGCCAAGAGGAACAGCAGCCUGGACCAGAUGUUCCACGCGCUCUUUGCCAUGGCCAACCUGCCGCGCGAGAUGAGCCCGGACCUGCACCGCCGCGUGUCGGCGCAGCACUGCGAGGCGCUGCAUCAGAAGGCGCUGCAGGGCAAGAGGCUGCGGCGAGUGGGCGGCGACCGCGACGACCCCUUGGGCAUCCUGGCGCCCUGGGCGCGCAGGCCGAGCGUGCACAGCGACCUCAUGUACAUACGCGAGAAGGCCAGCGGCGGCGGCCAGGCCAAGGACAAGGAGCGCUGCGUCAUCAGCUAGGAGCCCCCGCUCCUCGCGGCCCCAGAGCCUCCGGAGGCCCUGUAGUUCGAGUGUCGGGGCCACGUGCCCCAAACCGCGGGCGUCUUCCUUCCCGGCGCCCCAGCCCGUGCACCGGAGAGACUCAGAGAGCAGAGAAGGGACCGUCAUCUGUUCGGGAAGGAAUGAGAACUGGCUGAGGCCCGACUCCCCCCCACUUCUGACGCCCAUUGGCGCCCACUACUCCAUUUCUCACAAAGCCCUAAAAAUGGGGGCGGGGGUGGAAAUUAAGCUUGUCCUGCUGGCAGGAGGAGCGGGGCAUUAUCUGUGUGAUUGGGGGUUGCCAUGACAGCUGGCCCGAAACCGAGGGUGGGGUCAGAUCAUAAGGAGUGACUUGUUUACAUGUGUGUGCAAUUGCACAAAGCAAAACAUAAAACUUGCACUUUAUUAUAAUAGAGUUCUGGUGUCACCCUGGACAUGAACAAGAUCUUACCUAGGUGUUUGCACUGCGUGUUGUCUUUAAAGUUAUUGCUACUGGUUUUUUAUUAUAAAAUAAAGUAAUUUAAAAUGGAAAA